AUGUGCAAGUUAUGUGGUCGUGAAUUCUGUAUCGACUGUGCAGACGAACAACGGCUCUCAAGUGUUCCGUGCGUAGAGGGCCGUGAGGAGCUUGGUCACGAUUUAGUGUUCCUUGAAGUCUUCAAACCCGGAGAAGAAGAUAAGGCGUUGCGAGAUUUGGAUCAUCUACCGGACCUCGGGCCGUAUGUCAGCACUCUUCCCCCCGGAAGAGAUCCCAUUGAGAUAUCUCUAGCCGACGGUCCUCCCACAUACAGCCAACUCUACCAGUUUCUCGCAGCCGGCCUCCCUGUCGUGGUCUCGGGCAUCUGCCCUGGUGGUUGCGGUCUUACACCCGAGUAUUUCAUCCGCAAGCAUGGCGACACAAACGUCACCCUGACCAACACGAAGACCGGCGCACAGCGCAAAGUUGCUUUGAGGAAUUUCAUGGCCAAAUUCGGAAGUCCCGAUGAUCCUAACAAUCCGGAAAAGCUUCAGGCAGGUCUCAAGUUAUCGUAG